CUCCACAAUCCAGUCGUCCACACGCAGCCAGUGCGCAGCCAGCGAGGUACGACUGCCCCGACGCAUUCAAAGCCUGUGUGGUGAUACGCUUUGCUGGUGUCGCAAGGGCGGCAGAUUUCAGUCUAGAAUCAGUGUCAAGACUCUCGGACUCCCCGGCAAUGUCAACGGCGCGAAGUAAAGGGACACUGGUUGUUCGCAAAUGUCGUAUACAAGAGUACAGCGGGCAUGUAUAAGAUGCCGGAAGCAAAAGCUGAAGUGCGACAACGAAAGACCAUGUACGCUUUGUAAACGAAGCGGCGCUGAAUGCGAGGAGAAUCCACCGCGAUCAAGGAGGUCAACCAAGACAAAGGCCAAUGGGUUCUCUCAUCCCUCCCGUCGAGAUCAAGGAAGCCCUUACGAGUCGCAAAGUGGCGAGUCGGGUUCUAGCGCGCACAGGGCUAUCUAUGACGCGGUCCAGGCGCCUACACCUCGCCCACCAGCCCUGCCGAGCGCAGAUGGCUGGAAGCAGCAAACCCGCAAUUCGAUGAUCCUUCAAGAAAGAAAGUCUACCUUCGGCAUAGUGGACCAGGUUAGGCUCCUGCAAGCCAUGGCUGAGGCCUGUGGAGGUCCUGAUUUGCAUUGUCAUCCAUAGGUGUUCUAGAACCACCACUCGCACUCAGAGUUGAGUCAAACCGCCGACGCCAUACCAGACGGCAAUCUGAGCAGAGACGCUUCCUCUCGGACCCAGGAGGGCUUGACUCCGGCCUCGCAACUGAUAGGAAUGGACCUCCCCUCCGGACCUAUUGUCAACUUUCUGUUCAACAACUUCCUCGACUCUGUCCAUUGAUUCAUGAUGGUGUUCCACCAGCCUACAUUCCGAGCAGAGAUGGAUGAGAUGGUCACCUCCGGCCAUGUGCCGGGGCGCCGACAGUCCUUCUUGGUGCUCGUCAUGCUCAUCCUCGCAAUAGGUGCCCGAUACGCAACCGAAAGUGACACCGAGGAAUACUGUUCGACCUUGGAAUUGGCUAGUCUUCGAUCGAAGUUGAUGGCCAAGGUGGAGGAAAAAUUCUUGGACAUUUUCGACGAAGGUGACAUUGAGAUGGUCACCUCCGGCCAUGUGCCGGGGCGACCCAAGAGGGCUUUUGCUGUCAUCGGUGCUAGCCUGAAAAGUGCACAGGCUCUAGGCCUACACCAGGAACCAUCAUGGGGCCAAAUCAACUCUGUCACCAGGGAAUUGCGAAGGAGGGUUUGGUGGGCUCGCUUUGUUGCUGAUGGAUUCAUGGCCCUUUGCUAUGGCAAGUCGAGCAGCAUCCAGGAGAAUGAGUGGCAAGUCGGUAUGGUCGACGACAUCGACGAUGUAUCUACAACAUGUCCCGGGUUUAAUAGCACGGAGCUCCGUGAAGAUGGAACUUACCAACGGGUCACGAUCAUUUCUUAUCAGAGAUACAAGUUCAACCUCUACCGGAUUGCAUCUCCGAUUACGCGGACCAUUUAUUUCCACAGAGGUACGACAAUGCGAGAGGUUGUGGGAAGAGUCAAAGAGAUCAACCAACGAUUGGUCGAGUGGGACAGAAGUCUCCCCCCUGAGUGGAGGUUGAAGUCCUUCGCCGUCGAGGUUGAUGAACCUACCCUGGACCCCACAUUGAAGACAUUCCGACUCCAAGCACUUCGACUCCAAGAACUUGCACUCCAGCUGUCAUAUGACAACAUGCAACUUCUUCUGCACCGCCCUUUACUCACAUACACUGGUGGAUUGUACAGCUCACGAUUGUGCGAAAAUCUUGCUGGAGAACCAGGCCAAGAGAGUUUGGUGCAUGACAGCAGAACAGACGUUCCGGCGAUGGGCGUACUAGACGAUGACUUGUCCCAGGGUUCCGGGAGCCAGUGUUGGCAGUCUGCGAUACGUACGUCGUGGAUUGGCGAGUAUCCGUUGAUACUCCGCGCGGCUCGCAACACCCACGUUGCGGCCUACGUCGGAAUCCAAAUCUUUACAGCAGCAGCCGUGCUUGCUACAUUUGCUCUGACAGAUCCACUGUCCAAUCAAGCGCACAUUGGGGAACAAACACCCAGGUGCAUGGACAUGGUGCUCUUCCGAUUGUACAGCAGCAUCCUACAUAGGCACAACGUCUAAGACUUGGGUUGUUGGUAGGCGUUCUCCGUUGUUAAGGACCCAGUAUGUAUGGUCAUGAGCCAAAUGUUUCCUAUCUCGAGGGUGUUCGAGACUUGCGUUUCUCCAAAAGGCGGCCAUGGAGUGACGGGUACAAGGGUUUUUGGCAUAAUCAGACAGGAUACAACUUACUAG